UUCUAUAUAUUUCACCCUUCUUCCAUGGAACCACACCCAUGUCAAGGCUUGAGUCCUGUGACUCUCGUAAGCAAACCUGGCUUGUGUAUCCCUUUUCAUGUGACCCUCUCUUACACUACUUGGGCACACACUCUUGCCUGUGAUUUGCUUCAAUUCUAUCUCCUCCUGCCCACCGGUUUAUAUAUUCCAGUACGUCUACACUUCCUCUCUCAAACCUUUGUCUCAAAUUUUCUUUUAACACAUAUAUACGCACUCCAACUAAUUAACACAAAUGAGAAAAACCAAAGCCAUGAAGAUUUUUGUUGCAGCAUUAGUCAUCAUUGCUCUCUGUCUUCUUCCAAUGGCCAUAUCAGCGAGGCAUAUAGGCAGGCCACGAACACACCAUGGGCACCACCAUUCGACACAGCCUCGAAUUAAAGAUGGGACAGUGGCAAAACCCAAUUUUUUAUACAGGGAAAGGUGGCCAGAAAAGAGAAGGGGUGCUGAUACUGUCCAAAUUGCAGGAUCAAGUUUGCCAGAUUGUUCUCAUGCAUGUGGGUCAUGCUCACCGUGUAGACUAGUAAUGGUCAGUUUUAUUUGUGCUUCACUUGAAGAGGCUGAGACUUGUCCCAUGGCUUAUAAGUGCAUGUGUGAUAACAAGUCUUACCCUGUCCCAUGAUGGUCAACUCCC